GACGUCCUUUCUUAUUUUAUCUUUCAACAUAUAGAUUUCAUUUUCAAUUUUCUUUGCUCUUAAGUCAGCGUACAAGACUACAACUCGGGUAAAAACGAACCUCUUCCUCUAAUUUACCAAACCUAUCUCAAUUUAUCAAUCAAUCAUGGCCAACCCAACUCCACAAACCCUCCGUUCAAAUCUCCCCGAAACCGUCCAGAUUCUCCGUCUUGAUCCAUUCCAUACACCCUCACCAGAUUUCUCAUCUCUCCCAAUCCCUUAUACCGUCACUGAACUACCCAAUCCACCUCCAAAAGGUGACGAACUAUUGUCAUAUCUCAAACCCGCCCAUAUCUUAAUCACCACCCGUUUCUUCCUCACGUCAACCAUUCUCUCCCAGCUACCAAAUUUGAAGCAUAUAGCUAUCCUAGCCAUUGGAACAGAUCAUGUCGAUAUCGCUUAUUGCAAAGAACAUGGAAUUUCGGUAUCCAAUGUUCCAGCAGCAAGUAAUGAAGCGGUUUCAGAACAUGGAUUAACGUUGUAUAUGGCGCUUCGAAGAAAUGUAGUGGGGAUGCAUGAGAGAACUAGAGAGGGAAAAGAAUGGAAGGAACAGGGAAGUUUGAGCAAACAUUUCUAUGGGGGAUUGAUGUCAGGGUUUAAGGGGGAAGUGGCGGGAAUUGUAGGGGGUGGGGAGUUAGGAAAUCGAGUAGCAAACCUUUGUCGAGCACUAGGAAUGACGGUUCAAUUAUGCGAACGAAAAGGUGUUUCCGAAUCCGAAACUCGCCCAAAUUAUACCCCAUUUACUACCGUCAUAAAAACCAGUACCGUCCUCUUCCUGUCUCUUCCCUUGACACCCACUACGGAAAAUAUGAUUGCUUCUGCGGAAUUAUCAAUGAUGAGACCAAACGCUCUCAUCAUCAAUAUCGCACGAGGAGGAAUAGUCAAUGAAGAAGAUUUAGUAGAUGCAUUGAUACAAGGCAAGAUUGCAGGAGCAGCAACAGAUGUUUAUGUAGAAGAGCCAGCUGGAGAAGAUAGUACCUUAGUAAAAGCAGCCAGAGAUAGCGAGUUGCGGGAUAGUGGGAGAUUAAUCCUGAGUCCACAUAUUGCUUGGUAUGGAAUAAGUAGUGUGGAGAAAUUGAGAAGGGUUGUGACGGAGAAUAUUAAAGGAUGGUGUGAGGGUGUUGGGGGAAAUGUUGUGGGUUGAUUAUUUGAGGUGAAGAGAACAGUAUAGAAAAAGAUAGACUAGGCUAUGUAUGGUGCGGUAAAGGUGCUUCCUAAAUAAUCGCAGCCAAAUAAUCCAAAUCUAUUCAACGCCAUUCA